AUGAAAGACUAUCAGCGUCCUCCACAUCAAUUUUUGUUGAGCUCCAGAGUCCAACGGGGGAGACAGUUGUUUUGUUUAUGGUGGCUUUUACUGUCUUGGCCAGGUCGGCCACGAUCAAGAGUGAGUGGGACGGCAGAGUACCUGGCCAAAUGCGUUGGUUCUGGCGUGCCAUGCUCUCAGGUCGUUGGCUUUGCCAAGAAAGCGAUGGAAGAUGCCGUUGGGACUUCAUCCCAAGUUGCUUCCUGUCCAGUCGUGAGGGGUCUGAGCAAACUUAAAGCCAAUGAUGCAGAGGAUAGGCUUCACCCACUCCUUGCCAAGCACAAUCUGAGUUUGCCUAUAGAUCUGACCCCGCUAUCUGGGGACUUGCUGGAAGGGUAUCCUAGACUCAAACCUCUCCACUUCCUGGAAUACAUGGCAGCCAAUGGCUACCUGAACCGUCUUCUUGGAGGAAAGCAGGUGGCCGAGGCACGGCCGAUGCUUGAGGAGUUUUGGCGAAGGUUUGAAGUGUACCACCCCGACUUUGGUUUGUUUCUGGUGGACGACCCUGAUGUAGAGCUUGGGCUUUGCAUCCCAGUCUUUGCUCACGCUGAUGGCGGACGUGGUUACAAAAAGUCCGAGUUCAUGGUUUUUAACUGGAGCUCAGUAUGCGGAAGCGGGACUGCAGGCGGUAAUAAGAAAGAUCAUUCAUUCCGAAUGCUCAAGCGGGGGAAGAAAGAAGCCCAAAUCAACCUCUUGGGACACUCGUAUGGGACACACUACAUGUACUCCGUGAUGCCAGCUGCCUGGCACAAAGAUGACUCCUGUUUCCAGGCCAUGAUGACAGAGUUUGGGAAGGAUCUUCAUGAGUGUUUUGAGACUGGUGUGCUACAUCAAGGUUUGCGCUUGCGGCUCGUUGUUUUGGGCUUGAAAGCGGAUUUGAAGCUUCAGGCCCGUGCUGGCCGCUUUACACGAUGGUACUCCACUUGCAGGAAAGGUCCACUUGAUCCGACAAACCUCAAACAGAGUCCAGGGUUGUGUUGCUGGUUGUGUCCAGCUGGAGAUGUCCAAUUCCCCUUUGAGGAGAUUCACACAGAUUCUCCCAAAUGGUUUGAAGCUAUCGGGGAGUGGGCGCAAUGGGAAGAAACCCUGGCGGAGCAGAUUGUGGGAGAUGGCCUGACUUUUUUGCAGGCUUAUGAAUUCAAGCCGAAGCACGCCAUUGCCUUGUCGAACUUCACCAUUUUGGGUGGUGCAAUUGCAAAUACCCUGGCGAAUGCCAGGAGAAAGCAUCCGCAGCGCCCCUCCGAGCCCUUGAUCGAUUGGGAUCUGAUCCUUGCCAUGGAGCCCUUAACGAUCUUCGGUGCAGUCUUUGGCUCCCUGCUCUCCAAGAUUUUGCCCAACUUUGUGCUAACCUCAGCCCUGGUGAUCAUUUUGUCCCUCAUAGGUCAGCGGACGUUGAUGAAGGGCUGCAGCAUGUUCAGAGAGGAGAGCCGCACUCUUCGACCUGUGGAGUUUGAACUCAGCGACCGCGUAGCUCUAGCACAGGCCUCUGAUGUGCAAGACUACAUCGAGUUCCAGUCCGACAGCGAGCUAGCUCAUGGUGCACGUGGCUCAAGGCUGCGAUGCAAGAUCGCCGCCCUGACACUCUGCUUCGCUGGCACCUGCGCCUUGACUUUGCUGAAGGGCGGCGGUCGGAUGGCAUCUCCACUCGGGGUGGAGUGUGGCUCCAUCGGCUUUUGGCUGCUCUACUUUGGCGCCGUGCCCUGGGUCUUAGCCUUCGCGCUGGGCUUCAGGCAGAUGUUGGUCUCUGAGUUUCAUCAGAAGCUGCAACAAGGCUAUACCUUCCAGCCCGGUGAGGUCCGUUGGGACUCCCGCAACACGCUGCUCUAUCCCCUACUUUGCGCGAUCGCUGGUCUGUUGGCAGGGCUCUUUGGAGUGGGUGGUGGCAUCGUGAAGGGCCCUCUGAUGCUGGAGAUGGGCAUCAUGCCGUCGGUGGCCUCGGCCUCGGCGGCGGCCAUGAUCCUGUACACCUCGGCGGCGGCGAGCGCGUCGUUUCUGGUCUUCGGCUUGCUGCACCCGCUUUAUGGUGCCCUCUUCUUCUUCCUUGGCCUGAUCUGCACAGCCUUGGGCCAAUACGUCGUGGGGCAGUGGGUCCACAAGCAGAACCGUCAAAGCCCGAUCGUGCUCUCCAUUGGGACGGUGAUCUUGCUCUCAUCGGUCUUCGUGGCAAUCAACACCGUGGUGAUCUCCAUUGGCCGCACUCGUGCAGAGCUCUUGGCCUUCCAUGGCGUUUGUGAUAGUGCAGCGUAG